AUGAAUAAUCUAAAUUUAAAUAAAGGUUCUUUGGAAAAAGAAGUGUUACAAAAGAUUCCCAGAACUGAUUCCUAUUAUAAUGCAAUUACAGCUGCAUUAGGAAAGACUCUUGCAAUUAUUAAGGAAAUUAUUAAAAUUUCUCAGAAUGACCCAUAUUGCCAUAUGCUAAUCUAUAUCAAUAGAUCGGGAACACCAACCGACUCAACAUUUGAAUCAUUAAAGACUUUAAUAAAUGUUCCAAUAGUAUAUAAAUCACAUGAAGAAGCUGAAGAAUAUAUUCAUGAAGUAUUAUUAUUUAAAGAAUUGUAUAACAAAGUGAAAAAAGAAAAUUUACAAGAUAAAAUAAUUGAAAAACAAACUAUGGAAAUGUUUGAUGCAUUAAAAAUAGAGGAUUAUUCAAAAGAUUCCGCUUUCAGAUGGAGGAAGAAUCUUAACAAGAUAAAAAUAGAAGAAUCUGAAAGCAGAAUCUUUAAAGUGAAGCGCGCUGUUGAAGAUCGGCUUCGACUUCGGGCUGAGCGUUCAAUGUUUGAAGCGAGAGCUUUAUUCAGCGGCUGUCUCUCUAUUGAUGCAAGAUGGACUCAUCGCCGUAAGUCUCCAAGUUGUACAGUGACAGCAUUAGAUGCUAUCACUGGUAAAGUAAUUGUAUGCGUCAAGGUAAACCACAUUGGAGGAAACCGCAACUAUUCUGGUUAUAUAGGCGCAUCAAACAAUAUGGAGUCCUACGGCACUAAAAUUAUUUUGAAGCAACUUCUCAAGCAUGGUAUCCUGAAGAAUGUAAAGGAAAUCAUUAAAGACAAAGAUAAUACAGGGGGUAAAGGUGAAUCAUAG